AUGUAUGGGCUUUGCCAUGGAAUAAGCAAGCAGGUCUGGGGUUUGGUUUCUGGUACCUACGGAACAGACCAUUGUUUUGCUCUUUCUUCUGGUGUUCGGAAGGAGAUCGGUACAGCAAUGUACAAAACAAGAAAUACCAUCCCUACAUCAUUCCAUGGCGAUUGGAGGGAUGUAUACAAAAACCCGGGGUCGUUCAAGGCCGUCGACUGGGCAGACUUUCUUCUGUUCGUCGUUCCUACGCUGGUGGCAGAGCGUAUUGGAGAUACAACUGCCUGCAGCGCAAAACUUGUUUCAUGGAACACAUACCUUGAAAAUCUCUAUGUAAAAGAUUUGGUUGAGUUGCCAGUGUUUACAAUUAACCAGCACUUGCUGAAGCACUAUCCAGAAAUGGUAGACGCGUACGGCCCCCCAAGAGCAUAUAGUGCCAGAUCACUAGAGCGUGCCAUUGGCGAGUACUCUUGUUCAAUAAAGAGUAACUCUGCUAUUGGUGUUAAUGCUGGCAACAUUAUGGUUCGUUUAGCUCGGACACGCCGUGUAGACUUGAAAGAUUCUGGGGAAGAAGCCAACAGAGCUACUGCGUUGGAGUAUGAUGAUGUGUCUGCUGGUUGGCCGAUGACGGAGGAGGGCGAGCGUGAUGGUGCCGAAUCAGACAUUGAGUACUGGGGGCCUUUGAGACGUAGAUUGAUUGAUGAAAGUUUCAAAGGCAUUUCUUGCCUUCCGAUUCUGAUUCAAGCUUUCUGUGAAUCAAAGGGGGUUGGAUGUAGCAGGAUUGAACCAGUCAUGACAACAAGCCGCAAAGCUUUUAUUAAUGGCUGUGUGAUUGACUCUUCGUUCGCCCAAACCCCGUUAAGAAAGGCCCAUCACGUUCGUCUUCAGGUCCAGGUUGACCUGUUUCGUAAUGUACGUCGGAGGUAUACUCCUAUCAUAAAGGAUUUUUUUGGUAAGGUUGUUCUCUUUUUUGAGCAUGAGAAUUCUGGAAAAAGAUGGCCACUUGCCUUAGUGCAGGUUUAUUCUGUUGAAGAAUACAAUGGUGUGCCGGUGGCAAAAAAUUGA